AUGUAUGCUGAGGUAGAUGAACAAUUUGAAGUCUUCUCUCGUAAAUGUUAUAUGGCGUAUAAAGUAGCAUUAGAAAAAAUUAAUAAUCUACAUGUACCUACUUUGGAAGUCUCUACUCCACUUACAGAUGUCACUACUACAACCCCGUUUGAACAAAUUGCUUCCCAAAUUUGUGUAGUACUUGAAGCCAUUGAUAACAAAUUCACGAUUAAUGCUAAGGUCCCCAAAUCAAACACAACCGGGUUAGUGCUGCAUGAGGUAGUGGAUUCGCCUUGUCCAUUAACUUGCGAGCAAUCUCAAAAGUUAUACAAAAACU